AUGGUUGGAGCAAGCCGAGGCUAUGUCGGCCACGUUCGGGGAGCCCCGCUGGGCAUUGAAGAGGAGAUUCUAUCAGCGGGGCUGCCCAUUGAUGAUCCCGUAGACAGCGAUGGAGGGCGACCGAGUCUUGCCGCAGCCCGCCGAGAUCACUCCAAGAUCCCAUCGAUCUGUUACAAGAUCCACAAGUUUGGGGUGUUCCCGAUCCAGGACCACCUCGCGUUCGUGCAGUUCGUGGACGUAGCGGCGUCCCCAGAGAGCACCCCUGCUACGCUAGUGAUCUGGUCGCUCAAGAUGGAGCCAUCAGUGCUGGGAUACCUUCUCUGCUGCGGUGGAUUCGCCAGAUUCAUCCUGCGUCCAGCGCUGCAGGGUUUCCUCAGUACACUGGCAAGAAAUGCUACAGCCAGAGCAAACCGUCACCUGGAAUAG